AUGAUCAUUACAACGUGGAUUGUGUACAUUCUCGCCCGGAAAAGUGUGGGGCUCCCCUUCCCACCAAUAACCAGUUCGGACAUUGAUGUUGUGGAGAGCGAGGCUGUAGCCGUAGUACAGCAUUGGUUGAAAAAAACAGAAGAAGAGGCCUCCCAGGGCAUAAAGGACAAGAUGUCCCCCAACUACUCCACUCAGGGCAAAAAGGAGAAGAUGUCCUUCAGCUACCCUCCCACCCAUGGCCAAGACACACACGUAACCAGAGAUUUGAUGAAGCACCAGUUCUCAAAGGCUGAUUUGUCAACAAGCCAGAGUCAAGAUGUGCUGGAGGAGAGAACAAGAAUCCAGUUCAUAAGAUGGAGCCACACCCGUAUCUUCCAAGUGCCGAGCGAGGUGACGGAAAACAUGAUGCGAGACCGGAUAGAGCAGGUGAGACGCAGCAUAUCCCACAUUGCAAAUGAACCAGGUCGGGACAUCAGCAUGACACUUUCAGACUGCUAA